UUCGGAGAGUUCGCGAACGUGAUGGAUUCGAUAGGACCACAGAUGCACUGGAGAGGAGUCAAACCCGGUCGAGGAAAGGACAGCCAUGCUGAGAUCCUUCGAUACUUAUACUUUAAGGCUCCCAUAUAAAUAUGGAUGAUUGGAAAUGAUGUCACAUUUAAUUUUUACUUGAUCGUCUAAGCCUUUUCCUUCCCCGGACAAGAUCAUCGACCCCCGCCCUUCGAUUUUUAACCACACUAUCCCGCAAGCAGUUGUUGCUCUGCGCAGAAGCGAAAUGGCGAAACAAGCUGCGCGACCCAUGUCAUUUACCGAAGCCUGGACAUGGAUCGUCGCCCACGAAGAACUGCAAACCACGGACUUCGCUAUCGCUGAUCAGGCUGUGCAUAAGGCUCGCAAGAAAGCCCAAGAAGAAGAAGACCAGCCGCUCGAUACCAUCUGGCAGCGGUAUAACCGCUUAUAUUAUUCUGAGGACAUUUUCUUUACCUUCAGGCUUUCCUCUCUUGUAUAGAUGUGCACAGAACGUCUUUCUUUUCAUGCCUCUCCAGGUAUUGGAAAUGGCUCUUAAAAAUAACUCGCAAGGAUUAUGAGCCUUUCCUUGA